CGCGAGUAGUACUCCGUAGUCUGUACUUAAAAUUGUAUGGCGUGAGCUACUUAUGUGACUGCGCCUACCUCGCAUGCCCAGUGUCUCAUACCAGAAUACGUAACCCAACGUCUGCAGGUACUAAUAGAAUUAAUCCAACCAACAUCAACAAGCCUUACCAAAUGCCAGUGGGGUUCGAGCGCCAGUAUCAGCCCAGGCACAAUGUUUGAGAAAUCACUCUAUGAUCUUAUAAAGGGUCUCCGACACCACAAAGGAACAGAGGAGGAAUAUAUACAAGACAGUUUGCGAGAAUGCAAGACCGAAAUCAGAUCACAGGAUAUGGACAAAAAGGCCACAGCACUCCUCAAACUAAUAUACUUGGAGAUGUUUGGUUAUGACAUGUCGUGGGCAUCGUUUCAUGUUCUGGAGGUCAUGUCGUCCGCGAAGUAUCUACAGAAACGCGCUGGGUACCUCGGAGCAGUCCAGAGUUUCAGACCAGAUACAGAGGUGCUGAUGCUUGCAACAAACCUUCUAAAAAAGGAUCUCGUGUCUCACAGUAUACCGAAUAUGUCCCUUCCACUGAUCACACUGCCAAACAUCGCAACGACAUCCCUCUCAAUGUCUUUACUUCCAGACGUCUUGUCUCGAAUCUCUCACUCCCAUUCCGUGGUGCGGAAGAAGGCUAUCAUAUGUCUCUAUAGACUGGCUUUAGCUUACCCUGAUGCACUCAAACUAGCAUGGCCUAAGCUCAAGGAGAGGCUCAUGGAUGACCAGGAGGACACCAGUGUGACUACGGCUGUGCUCAACGUUGUAUGUGAAUUAGGGUGGCGGAGGCCUCAUGAUUUUCUGCCACUUGCUCCAAGAUUCUUUGAGCUGCUGGUAGAUGGAGGUAAUAAUUGGAUGGCCAUCAAGAUAAUAAAGCUCUUUGCGACUCUGACGCCUCUCGAACCGCGAUUGAUACGAAAGCUGCACCGUCCAUUGGUGAACAUAAUCCAAACGACCACGGCAAUGUCAUUACUCUAUGAGUGCAUCAACGGUCUGAUUCAGGGCGGUAUACUUGACUUCGAUGCGGGGAUCGAAGAAAAGGAUGAAAUUGCAAGUCUGUGUGUUGGCAAACUUCGGGGCAUGGUAGUUUCUGACUCGGAUCCAAACCUCAAAUAUGUGGCGCUCCUGGCCUUCAACAAGAUCGUGCUCACAUAUCCAGGCCUAGUGUCAUUGCAACAGGAUGUGAUAAUGCAUUGCUUAGAUGAUGCCGAUAUAUCCAUCCGUCUCCAAGCACUUGAGCUUGCAGCAAGAAUGGUCACGAGUGAUAGCCUACAGUCAAUCGUUGGUCGGCUGAUUUCCCAGCUUAUGGAUUCCCGGCCACUCAAGAAGGGAAGCCACCUUGAACCUGGGGAUGGGUACCCCGAAUGGGAGAAUGAUAAGCAGCGAAGUGAAUGGACGAAUAAGGCGCCACUUAUAUUGCCGCCAGAAUACAGGGUUCAAGUGAUACAUCGCAUUUUAGAUAUAUGCUCCUUUGACAAUUACUCAAACCUGACAGACUUCGAAUGGUAUGUGGACGUGCUGAUACGGCUGGUGACCCUUCUCCCGGCAGACAGCGAGGAUACCUUUAUGACGAAUGCUACACAUAAUGAGCAAGAAACUUUGUCUCAGAGCAAUAUAACGGACCGAAUUGGCUCAGAGAUACGGAAUAUUGCUGUCCGUGUUCGAGAUGUUCGAAUGGAAGCGACUAGGGCUGCGGAGUCUCUAAUUCUUAUUGACAACAGGCAGACCCUGUUCUCUGGAGUACCAAUGUCGAACAAUAGUGCUCUAGGCCCCCUUGCAUGGGUCGUUGGGGAGUAUGCUCAAUACCUCUCGUCGCCUAGACAGACUCUUUACUCGUUAAUAGACGUGUCCAACGUUUCAUUGCCAGCAAAAACUCUUUCCCUCUACGUCCAAGCUAUACCGAAGAUAUUCACCCAAAUCGUUUGCAGCGGUGGUCGAGACUGGAGCUCGAGCAAAAGGAGCGAGGUUGCACUGAACCUGGCCCGAAUCAUCGACUUCUUGGAAGCCCUGGGGGCACAUCCAGAUUUGAAUGUGCAGGAAAGGGCCAUCGAGUUUCUAGAGAUUAUGCGAUUGGCAGCUGACGCCGCACAUUCAACGAGUCUAGAUGCCCACGAUAUCCCAUUUUUGCUAUCUUCAGUGAUCCCUGGUCUUUUCGAUGGCCUCGAGCUAAACCCGGUCUCUGUUAAUGCCCAGAAGAAAGUUCAAUCGCCAGACGAGCUGCAGUUACACCAGACAUUUAACGAAGAUCUUUGGGUGCUCUUCAGUCAUGAACAAGGGAAUUCUCACGAGAAAGAGAGUAAACUGCCAUUCCACGAAUAUUAUUAUAGUCGAGAGACAUUUGUCCCGGAUAAGCAGGGCAUGGACAGCACCUCAGAUGAUUUGCAACUGAUGCCGUUUGCGACCACCGGACUGGAUCAUCUAGAUGAUCAGGCCGCCCUUGUAAGGCGGAAACACUACCGAAAAGAGCGCACUCGAGAUGACCCAUUCUACAUUGGAACCGAAGAUGCGUGGACCGCUAUAUCUGAGCCCUCCCGGCCCCAGUUGCAGAUCUCGGACGAAGGCGAGCUAAACAUCGACGCCAUUCCUAUUAUUGAUCUCAAAUUGAGUGAAACGAGGGAACGACACAGCGAUCACAUGUCUUCUCCCCCGCCUGAAGAGACCCAGUCCACGGCCGGAUCACGACUUAGAAGAUAUCAUGUAAUCCCGGAUGAGAUGAUCGGACACGAAGAGGAGCUUGGUGUCAAAGACACUAACUCCCUUAACAAAUCAAAUCGGUCACCGCUUUUAGUGGAUUCCAGCGGUUUACAGCGCCUCACUUUAGGGGAGGAGGGGGUAUCCUCAGGAUACACGCGAAGCGUCCCAAGGGCCGAAGAUGAUGCGGAAAUGGCCAAGGCAAUGCAGCAAGUGGAAAGGUUCCGACUGGAAUUGCAAAGGGAGUCAGAGCGCGUUCAUCCAACAGGAGUUCCCUCCGAGGGAACAUUGGUCAAAAAGAAGAAACGGGUAAAGAAGACUACGGUCCCUGUUUCUCGGGAUAGUGGACAGAAGCAUGAACCAGUUCUAGAUGGAAAUAGUCAGCGCAAGCCGAAGAAGAAGAGGCCCAAAAACCAAAGGGUGGUGACAUCUUCUUGAGGAUGACUGUCAAUCAAUAUAACUUGAAAUUAAGAGAAAUAAAUUCAGGUAGUCACCAUAGUGGUGUCUAAUAGAAGUUCCGCACAUGCGACCUGCGCUUUUCACG